AAGUGAACAAACUACCUGCAAACAUAUGUUAUACAUUUAUAUUUAGAUGUAUACCUGUGGAUGCGAUAUAUGUAUAGCUAUAAACGCUACUGCAUAUAUAUGAAUAUAAACAUUACUCCCGUACGUGUGUCCUUAUGUACAUAUAUAUCUAUACAAGCGUAUACAAUAACACUGUAUAUUCAUACGUGAUAUUUGUAUAUGCAUGAAUAAGCGUAUUAUGGGUCUAUACUUGUAUACACUCUAAGAACAAACAUUAUACAUUAUACGCACAAUUAUUUAUUCAUUGUAUUAUAGUCCAUUCAUAAAGUGUGUAAAGUGUUUCUGAGCAUACCGAGUUCCUUAUGUUGUAGAGUGAUAUAUCUCAGUUAAUUAUCAUUCCUUAACUCUUACUUACAUGGUUCGAAAGGCUCAGUAUGAGCGUGAUACUCCUGAAUUGCGUUACACUGGGAAUGUUUCGGCCAUGCGAAGAUGAAAUUUGUAAGACAACUCGCUGUCAUGUCUUGGCAGCCUUCGACCAUUUCAUUUUCGCCUUUUUCGCCAUUGAAAUGUGCAUUAAAGUAUGCGCAAUGGGGCUGUUUGGUAAGGAAACGUAUUUGGCAGAUACUUGGAAUAGACUGGACAUGUUUAUCGUUUUGGCUGGUGCUGUUGAAUAUGCGGUUGAUUCGGAAAAUCUAAGUAUAUCGGCUAUUAGAACUAUACGAGUUUUGAGGCCACUAAGGGCGAUUAACCGGGUUCCAAGUAUGCGAAUUCUCGUAAUGCUCCUACUCGAUACUUUGCCGAUGCUUGGUAAUGUUUUACUGCUCUGCUUUUUCGUUUUCUUUAUAUUUGGCAUAAUCGGCGUUCAACUGUGGGCUGGACUGUUACGAAAUAGAUGUUUCUUAAACUUACCUGUUAACGUAUCGGUAUUAAAAACGAUGCAUGAACUUGUACCGAAAGUAAAUCCAGUAGAAUUUUAUCGGGCACCGAACGAUAAAGACUUUAUUUGUUCACGUUUCACUACUGAUGGUAUGAUGAAGUGUGACGCUGUUCCCCCAACAAUUGCAACGGUUGGUGGUCGACGCAGAGUCUGUAACGAGAGCAUCAUUUCCUUCAACUCCUCCGCGAACGGUUCGUGUGUCAACUGGAAUCAGUAUUACUCAGACUGCAGGCCGGGUUUUGAUAACCCGUUUCACGGCUCAAUCUCCUUCGACAAUAUUGGUCUAGCUUGGGUAGCCAUAUUUCAGUUAACCUCUUAUGCAGGUAAUAAGCCUAGCGGGGUGGGUGGAAAUUAUGUACUAUGUGCAAGAUGCGCAUUCGUUUUGGGAUUGGAUGUAUUUUGUAGCUCUAAUUGUGGUAAGUUUGAUGAAACCGCACUAAAAUUUGCUUACACCUACACACAGGUGAUUAGUCUAGAAGGCUGGGUAGAUAUAAUGUACUUUGUACAAGAUGCGCACUCGUUUUGGGAUUGGAUAUAUUUUGUUGCACUUAUAGUGAUUGGAUCUUUUUUCAUGAUCAACCUCUGUUUGGUUGUGAUAGCUACGCAGUUUUCGGAAACGAAGAAGCGCGAAACGGAACGGAUGUUGGCUGAGAGGAAACGUUUUCAUUCCAGUUCCACACUUGCAAGUCUAUCGGAACCAGGAGGUUGUUAUGGAGAAAUUCUUAAAUAUAUUGCCCAUAUAUUUAGAAGAGUUAAGCGAAGAACUUUGCGAUACGCCCGUCGCAUUUAUCGUCAGAACGAUAUGAAUAAUACGGAAAUGAUAGAGCGUAAGGCAAUUACCUUACGAAGCCGGCGACGCCGUCAACGAGGGACUGACAACACCCCGGAACCCUCUGACGUUGAAGCAUCUCCAAGACAUCCGGUAGUGUUACUAAACGACAACGAUAAAGAAACUUCCGAUGAAACGUCCAGUGAUGACGACGACAAAGAUACAACGAGUGAAGGACGAUCGAAGAACGACGCGUCUAAUCGUCACGGAGUCUGGCAGUUGCUGCGUUUCGCCGUCAAGCAGACGGUCGACAGCAAUUACUUCACACGCGGUAUCUUAGGAGCGAUUUUAAUCAAUACGCUUAGCAUGGGAAUCGAAUAUCACAAUCAGGUAACUUCGUGUGUUUACAUAUCAAUAUGGUGA